AGUGGUGGAGUUCGGACCAUUCACGUUGGGGGAUUCAGAGCUGCCAGAGCGCGCCGGGUUGUUUAGUGUUUUUUUCCGUCGUCACUAAAAGUUUCUCGAUUCUGGCUCGUGUAGGCUUCAGCCGAUUUGUUCCAGGAAACCGGACCUAGCGAGCUACCCACAGUUAAGUUCUGCAAAACGAACCGGCUAGCAAAAAUCGAGAGUCUGUGCUAAAUUGCCAAACCGGUGAUUAGUCAACGUCUACUUUGAUCUGCAUUUGGCUGUCUCUAGAUUUGGCUGGUUGUUGACAUUCCAUCAAAGUGCGUGAACUUUAGGCAGUGCUUCUGACAGAUAAAGAAUAGCAGCGCCAGCUAUUCUAAGCUACUUGAAUACACAUAUUUAGUAGGCGUCAUAUGGCUUUAAGCGCAUGUGAAUCGAGCUCGAGCUGAGAACUUUCCUGACUAUUGAAGCCCAAACUAUCUCACGGUUAUUAAUUGUGAUUGUGCCCCGGUAGACACCUGUAGACAAACCGAGCUUAGGCAAAGUGCAGCUGUUCGCGGCUUAGUUGACUGCAAAAAAACUAGUAAAUUUGCGUGAUAUCAGGGUGCCGCCAAUCUCUAGGUCCCAGCAGCAAAGUGUAAUCGCAAGGCAGAACCGGUUGAAUCCAAUCCAUGUGGGCAAGUAGUUAGUUCUAGAUCCCAGAAGCCUCCCAGAGACCCAGACACAAUCCACAAUUCACUUUUGGCGCCCUCGAGUGGAGUAAAGAAUAGAACCGCAGAAGUUACCCAUACGUGUUGUGUGUGAGAACUGGUGAUCCGGAUUUCAACGUGGGUACCUGAACAACUGGUUGAGUUUAAACUGAGACUCGGAUUAAUCACUCAAUCUGACACCGAUUGUCGUAAAGUCGUCAAGUCGAUUUGCCUAAAGCUACCGGGUUAGUUUCAUAUAAAUCAUCAUAUAAAAACGCGGGAAUCCUUUGGCCGAACAAAAUGAGGAAUAAGAUUGCGGCCCUGGUUCUGUUGGCAUCAGUUCUUUGCCCUGGCAGCGCCAUCGGUGGACUGCUGAGGAACCCCAAGGUCUACAACGCGGUCAUAACGACCGACGAAAACUUGACCCCAAGCCGAGCCUAUCCGGUGGUCCAGCCGGUGGUUCAUGAAGCCGGUCUCAGUUAUCCGUUUGGCGCUUUCGGUCCGUUCGGAUUAUACAACGCAUUCAACGCCUACCCGGGAUUGUACCAGCCAACGUCCUCCAGCGGAACUUCGGCGCAACAUCAGCAGGCCCCAGCUGUAACCAAUUCCAGACUGAUAGCUGCGUCGCCACAGCUGCAGGAUCGGCAACAGUUCCAGCAGCAAUUCCAUCAGCAGCAACAUUUGCAGCAUCAUGCCCAGCAGCAACACCAGCAGCACCAGCAACAUCUGCAACAGGCCGAGUUCAUCCAAGGGCGUAACUCGUUCUAUCCCUUGAGGACAGCUGAACCGGAACCACAACUCCAGGAGACUCCCAUCGAAACCAUCCCGGUGCCCAAACCAGUUCCCGAGACUCACCAACCUCUUCGGGAAGCUGCCGGUCAGGAAAUAAUCCCCGAACCAAACAACAGCAUUGCACCGAAAGCACCGGAAGGACCUCGCCCCAACUACGAAGCCGGCCACCCGGUCGAUUCCAAGAGCCCCCUACAACUGAACGAAUUCGGUCUGCCACCAAGUUUGAUCCCUCUUAACAACUACCAUGGCCAGCAGCCACAACAGUUCCAACUUCAAGGAUACCCCUACAACUUCCCAGCCCUCUACGAUGGCUUCAGCAACUACAAUCCAUCCCAGUACCAAUCGGUGCUGCCACCUUUCGGAUACUACCCACAGUUUGCCCAACCUAACCCCUACUUUGCCGCCGGAGUUCCUUCCCAUCCCGGAAAUUCCGUUGACCCACAACUGAGCCAACGGGCUGGACGCGAACAAGAUUUGGAUGAUGCCGAAAAGGAUAGACCCCAGGAGGACGGUGCUCCUGAAGCUGGUCCUUCUACGGAAGAUGCCGCAGAAGCCGCCAAAGCAGAAGCAGACGAUAGUAAAUCAGGCGAACCGGAAGGUGCCGCAUCGCCAGUUCCAUCUCCAGCUGAAAGUACCAACAUCUCCGAGAGCAUCAAGAACAACGCCAACAAAAACAAGGCCAUUCCGGAUGUGGCACCCCCACCGAUCCCAUCCGGAGCGAAAGCUACCCAAUGAGAUACAAGUAGAACCUAGUAGUUGAUCUUAAUCGUUAGGAGAUUUUAUUUCGAGUGCUAAAUUAAAACCACACACAAGUUUACGUUGUGCAUCUGUAGGAUACUCAUCAUCCAUUGAUCAUAUUUCUGUGUUAUUUUGUAAUAAAAAUGUUUUUUUGUGAUUAA